AUGACGUAUUACGAUCGUCGUAAUGAAAAAGUGGAAGAAGAAGAAGAUGAAAUACACGACAGACCGGCAAGAUACGGAUUUCAAACUUAUACGGGUGACGUACAGUCGGGUCACGUUUUACCAGGUAUAUACGGCCCUGUUAAAUUGGAUAUCGGUGGAUUAGUUUUGGGUACUAUCGUGGGUUUAGGUGCAUUUUUUAUACUCCCAAAACUUUUUCACGUGGCAUCAACUUCGAGUCCGUAUUCGGGAUAUAAAAGAAGCGAAGAUGAGGAAGAAACCGGAAACGGAAGUGGAUUUACGGAUGUGAUAAAUAAAAUACAAGAAAGUUUAAACGGUUAUAACGUGGCGUCAUCCGGUUGCGUUCAACGUGCCAUUUGUCAAUCUAUACAAACGGCAAAUGAAAAAGUUGAAAAUCGUACGGCUAACGAAUUGGAAAAUAUUGUCGACGUUCUUUCCAAGAACGAUUUGAUGAAAACGUUUCUCGACGGUACGGAUUUGAAAAAAGCUAUCGAAUAUGGCGAAAAGAAAAAAAAUUGUCAUUUGGAAUUUAAAAAUUGUCCAGAUGAAAUUUCCAGUAUAAUAACGGCCGUUUCUAAUUAUUUAGCCUCUUAA